CCCCCCUGUUUAUCUGGCACAAAUAAGCAGCUGCGCUGCACUCAUAAAACAAGGCUUUAUCACGACGUUAACGAUAAGCAGCGAAUACCACAUACAAUCGUCAACUGGCUGCGAAAGUGAAAAGAACACAAAAAUUAUGUGCGCUGCACGCAGUUUAUUAUUGCUAUCCUCAUCGCGGCUGCACGGCAGCAAUUAUUUGGAGCACGCCCGUGGCCAACUGGAGGAGUUAUUUCGUGCUAAAAAUGUAAAGACUGUGCUCUUUGUGCCGUACGCUUUGCCCGAUCACGACAAGUACACGCAGCUAGUGCGCGAUGCACUGCAGCCCUGGGGCUACAACGUCGAAGGGCUGCACACUAAGCCCAAUCACAGUUUGGCAUUGACUGAAGCCCAAGCCAUCUUUGUGGGCGGCGGCAACACAUUUGUGUUGCUCAGCAAACUCUACGAACUCCAGCUGGUCGAUCUCAUCCGUCAGCUCGUCCUCGAGCGCGGUCUCACCUAUGUGGGCAGCAGUGCCGGCACCAAUGUGGCCACCCGUUCCAUACACACCACCAACGACAUGCCCGUCGCCCAGCCGCCCACCUUUGAGGCCCUCGGCCUGGUGCCGUUCAACAUCAAUCCGCACUAUCUGGACCCGGAAUUGAAUAGUCAGCACAAGGGUGAGACCAGGGACGAGCGUCUUUCCGAAUUUGUCGCCUAUCACAAGCGACCGGUGCUGGGACUAAGGGAGGGCACCAGUCUCAGUGUCCAGGGCGAUCAGGCCAAGUUGUUGGGCUGCCGCAAUGCCAAGCUCUUUAAAGCCGAUGGCACCACUGUGGAGUACGAACCUGAGGCGGAUCUCAGCUUUUUGCUUAAAUCCUAAACGCGACGAUCUUAGAAAACAUUUACAUACAUUUAUUUGCGCAAAAAAUAAUAAUAAUGAUAAUAGUAAACAUUUGUUGCACAUACUAUAUAUAUAUGUAUAUGUAUAUAUUCUGUAAUAACAAUUAUAGUCAGCGUGGUCUGGAUCGAUCUUAUGAACUUAUGUACAUCGUAUAUAUAGGAUAAAGGCACAUUAAGACUAUGAAAUUGUCAAAUAAUAUAUGUAUAUAAAAAAAACUAAA